UUUCUCUGUAUACGACUGUAAGUAUAUAUAACUAUUGUAUUGAGGGACACACACACACCACUGUAUUAUGUACGCGCUCCAAUUUCGCUAUUCCGGGAUAUUCCUAUUUCGGGACGAUUUAGCGAUUUAUUCAAUAUUUUAUUAAGAGCGCCAUCAACAGCUUAAAAGUUAGUACCAUAUCAUAUCUCGGACAAUAACGUGCACAUCUGCAGUAUUAAAUUUAUAUAAUUUCUUUAUAUAUAUUAACAAUCAUGGACUUCACGUUCGAAAGGAAUUUUUUUACUCAACCAGACUUAGCGAUUAUCGAGAAAGUUCGCUGCACUCGAUAUAUGUUUAAUAAGGAUGCGUAUAAUUAUGGAGAUCAAUCUCUAAAGAGACAAUUUUUUGAGAAAUUGUCUCAAGAGCUUAAUCAGCGGUACACCCCAGGCUGGACCAACAUAACAGCUGCUACUGUUAAUAAUCAAUGGCAGCACAUAAAAAGGAAAUUUUCAACCGUGCAUGGAAAGUACGUGUUUAACAUGAAUUCGUUGAGCCCAGAACAACAAGAUGUGUUUGACGAGCUUAAAUUUCUGGCUCCGUAUUGCACCCACAAAAAUCAGGUGCAAGAAGAUGUUAACGCGGACGAGGAGGAAGAUGAAAACGAUGAGAGUUUCUCGUCGUGGGAAUACAAGACGUAUGCCGCUCUGACUAUCGCAGCGAGAAAGAGGAGGGAGACGACUAAACAAAAAGUGGUGCAUGUUGUGUUAUUAUCUAUGUAGGUAUGCAGAUGCUGAAAAUCUCAUGUGUGUGUCCGCUGCAACCCCGCCUGCUUUUAUUUUAAAAAAUUUUCACAGUUGGCGCAAUCUCUUCGCGUGCCAAAAGCCGACCUUCGCCCGAUAUGUGGUGUCGAGCAGAGGAUCUGCCUCGAGGAUUUUUAACGUGUUGUUACACGGAUAAUUACCCAUCUGGCUGCUUGCUAUAGAGGCACACGCGGAGCCGUUACGAUGCUUUCAUAUCAAAAACAGCUAAUUAGUAAUUAUAUAGUACACUUCAUUUAUUGUUAAAAAAUUACCAUGCCUCCAAAAAGAUAUGCAGUUAACUCUAAAAGAAGAGAAACAAUAGGAGAAGCUCAGAAAAUGUAUUUAAUAACCUACAUGCAAACCCACACAUUUUUUGCAAGACGACAAAUAACUAAACUUGGACCGAGUGGAAAUAAAAAAUUCAAUGACAUGUGGAAGCAUCUCACAUUGAAAUUGAAUGCAAUUGGACCUGCACUUAAAAGCUAAGCCCAAUGGAUAAAAGUAAGCCAAGAUGGGUAAAUCUUAAGAUUAAUAUAAAUUUUUUAAGUAUAUAUUCAAGUUAGGCGCGCUUUCAAUGAUCGAAAUGUAUCGUUAUAGACACGUGAUCAAGUGAGUAUAAAUCAAAAGGGUUAAGUAGACGCGAUAUGCAAAUUCGCUCUCUUUUCCGGUAUAGACACCGAACGCACGUGUGCCUCUCGGAACUCUCAGUGGAUUUCUUCGGUUCUGUGAAUUAAACGUUUCAUUUCAUGUAUCAUUUAGUCAAUUAUUCGGUAUUUUCUACUUCUAC